AUUAUGGUGUUCUAAAUUACACUGCACGAAUCUGAAGUUUCCGACAGUUCUCUGUACCAGAAAAAAUAAGAGCAAAUUUCAGAGAUUCUACCAUUUGUCGUACAAACUUGCCACAAGUCAUAUUCUCAUAAACACUUUGUCAGCCGCGAACUUUAGCGAUUAGAGAGGAGAGCGGCAUCCUUCUCGUUUUUUCUUAUAACUGUUUUCGUUCACGCUUCCCACACCAGAAGCAACAGCAAUUUUGUUUUGCUUUGCAGGACCUAAUUUAUUUGAUGAUGUUUAUAGUUAUGAUUGUAUGGUGAAGGUGAUAUUUGUGCUUAAUUCCCAUCAUGAAAUCUCUCAACGAACUGUUAACUAUACUGCUUCUGUUGUUUGGAUCGUGUCAUCAUUGCCUUUCUUCUCUUCCAUUUCUUCGGAUCAGCCAGGAUUUUCAUGCUAAUCAUUAUUCUACUUUCGAUCUAAGGGAUGCUGCGAAGGUGGAGUCAAGUCUUACCAGAGCCCGGGCUUCCAUAAGAAAAGCUGCCCUAAUGCCGAGUUCUACUUUCAGCAAUAUCUAUCGAAACGCACCUGCCUUUUACCGGAGCUACGCAGAAAUGGAAAAGCGCUUCAAGAUUUUUGUAUACCCAGAAGGUGAACCACCUCUGGCUCAUUGGGGUCCCUGCAAAAGUAUAUAUUCAACGGAAGGUCGCUUCAUUCAACAGCUAGAACUACCAGGGGCUCCAUUUGUGACUUCAAACCCAGAAAAAGCACAAGUUUUCUUUCUACCUUUCAGCGUAACGAUGAUGGUGGAGUUUAUUUACAGGCACGAAACAUAUGAAAUACCAGAAGUUAGACUGUUUGUUAAAGACUACAUUGAUAGGGUGGGCAGAAAGUAUCCAUACUGGAAUCGCAGUCUGGGUGCUGAUCACUUUAUGCUAUCUUGCCAUGACUGGGGCCCAAUUACUUCGUUGGCAAAUCCAUUUCUCUACAACAACUCCAUCCGCGUGCUGUGUAAUGCAAAUACUUCAGAAGGGUUUAAUCCCACGAAGGACGCAUCACUUCCGGAAAUGAACUUGAUAACAGAUGGUUACAGCAGUCAUCAUAUGUUUGGCGGUCGACCGCCAUUGGAGCGUCCAAUUCUUGCAUUUUUUGCAGGUGGUGAUCAUGGAGUUGUGCGUUCUUUGCUGUUCAAACACUGGAUCAAUGGCAGUGAUCCUGAUAUUCAAGUCCAUCAAUAUCUCCCAAAGGGCAGAAAGCAUAAAUCUUAUCUAAACUAUAUGAAUAAUACCAAAUUUUGCCUCUGUCCAAGCGGAUACGAAGUGGCCAGUCCUCGCAUUGUUGAGGCCAUCUAUAGCGGGUGCGUGCCUGUAAUAAUUUCAGACCAUUAUGUUCUUCCUUUCAGUGAUGUGUUGAGUUGGGACACUUUCUCUGUCUUCGUUCCACCACCUGAAAUUCCAAAUCUGAAGAACAUACUACAAUCUAUUCCUACGGAGACUUACGUUAAGCUGCAUGACAAGGUGGUGGAAGUCCAGAAGCACUUUCUUAUAAAUCAGCCUCCUAAGAAAUAUGACAUGUUUCAUAUGAUCAUCCAUUCUGUCUGGCUGAGACGAUUGAAUAUCAUUGUACAAAAAUAAGAUUCAACAAGUACACUUCAGAGACUUUUUCUCUCCUUACUGUGUGCUAUUGUCUAUCAAAAUUUCCCAAUCCUUGUAAAUACGAAAAUUCUAUCAAUUUAUUGUGGCUAUUGUAAUC